GGUUGACAGUCGAACAAACAUGUCACGUCUUUCUGAUAUAUUCGGUAUAAUCGUUAUCAUAAAAAUUGCUUUAUGUGCUUCAGAAAACUUUAGGAAUAAUAAACCUCUAUCUAGGGCAGCAACUUUUCAUUUUCCUGAGUACGCGUACAAAGAAACAAGCAAAAAUGAAAUCACCUAUCACGAUUACGAGCUAGCCUGUGGACAAAACUCACUAUGUGUUAAUGCCAAUUUAGCUAUGGUUUCCAAAUUAAACUGCCUAAGGCAAUGUAUAUCACAUUCUUGCUAUCAAGAUAUUUAUGCUUUUGAUGAGCUUGAAGAAGGUGAAAUCGACGUCCGAACGAAUUCAUUUAAAGGUUGCGUUAUACAACGAACUACAAUGGAAGAUUUCCGAGUAUAUUUAUAAAUGGAUAUAAAUUAUCUUUUUCAAAUGCCUAUAUCUACAAUUUUCAAAAUUCAAAUGCCUAUAUCUACAAUUUUAAAUUUCGAAUGGUUUUAGAAAACAAAAUCCCUUUUUCUGAAAAUGAGUGACUAUAAAAAAUAGUCAAAUUCACAUUUUUUAUCUUUAUUCUAAAUACUUGAAUCAGAUAAAAUAGUAGACGGAUCGUCUAUCAACAAUAUUUUAGACUAUUAAGUGAUAUGAUGUACACAUGUUUAAGCUGGAAAGAUUGGCGCCGUCGGCGAACGUCAUCCAAUGUCAAAAUAGUUGAUCAAAUAAAAAAAAAAAAA